AUGUCUCCAGGAGCCAACAGUGGUAUGUCUCAAGCCUACUUGGCAGUCAACUCGUCCACAGAUUUUGAAUGCCUUUGUGUGUUAGACGUUGUAGAUCUGCCAGAUAAUCCUGCUGGUGACCAAGGUGAUGUAUAUUCUGAGUUUAUGGAACAGCUCACGAGAUUGACCGAGGGAUGGUAUGAGACAGCUCUUCCUUGGAAGGGCAAUCAUCCUGAGUUACCAAACAAUUAUGAUGGAAACAUACAUCUCUUGAAUUCAUUAACCUGCAAGUUGCGUCAAUCCAAUAUGUUACAAGACUAUGACCGCAUCAUUCAAGACCAGUUAGGAAACAGAAUUGUUGAGAUUGCAGCUGAACUUUCAAGUGACAAGGAGUUCUACAUCCCUCACCGUCCUGUUGUGAAAGAGACUUCCGAAACGACCAAACUGCAUAUAGUCUAUGAUGCGUCAGCUCGUACUCGGCCCGAAGCACCAUCCCUCAACGAAUGCCUAUGUGCAGUCCUCCACUCCAACACCAAUUAUGGAGUGUAUCAGUGA